GCACUCCGCGAUCCUACAGGUGCGUGCGUCCGACAUUGGCCGUCCCGGCCCGCCGCCCGUGCCGGAGUAGGGGAGUUAUUUCUGUGUGUGGACAGUGCGCGCCGCUGCGGCUCUUCGUCGUCGGCGUGGUACGUCGGUUUGUUAGUAGUUGACCGUUGGCAGCGUGAGCAGCAGCAACUUUGUUAAGUGCAACGAUGAGCAGUUCCGUGGUGCAGAGGCGGCCCUUCGUGGCCAACGGCGGGCCCUCGCCGCCGCCCCGCAGCCACCGCCACCACAGCUGGGACAACCACCUUGGUGAGAAACGCACCACCGUGUACAAACGGGUCACCCGCGACGGGGUCAUCACCACGCACACCACCUACGACGACGCCAAGCACUUCACCAAGAAUGCUCUGCUGGCUGAUCUGCAGAAUACCGUGAAUCCUGGCAACGCAGGCAGUGGCUACGGAUCUCUCAACGUCAAUGGAGUUAGCAAGACGCUGUAUGACCGUCAUGGCCACUCGACGCUUCCAUCGCAGCAGAGGAUCAUCAAAGAGACGCUCACGACGUCGCAGGCAGCGAAAAACAACAACAACCUCUCAGAAUUAGACACCCUGCUGCAGGACCUGAGCAACGCCCACUACGCAGAAGGAGUGAAUGGAGGCCAACGACCGCCUUCGACAGACUCGCUGAACCGGCCGACGAUGGACAGUCUGCUGGACGAAUUGAGUGCCGUGCCCAAUGGCCAAAAAUCCACCCCUCGCCAUUUGACCACCACAAUCACCAUCCAAGAGACGCGAACGCGUGAGGGUGGUCCUGUUGCCUCUACUGCAACCAGGGAACUGGACGAUUUGAUGGCAUCUCUAUCCGACUUCAAGAUUAACGCAAGCACUCAUCAACACCAAACAGUAACCGACUCACCUUACGCUAAACCAAACAAAGCGUCCGCUAAAAACCAAUUGGACUCGAUGCUUGGUAAUUUGCAGGCCGACAUGAGCAGGCAAGGAGUGAACACCACCCAGAAGGGAUGCUGCAACGCGUGCGAGAAGCCGAUCGUGGGCCAGGUCAUCACCGCCCUGGGCAAGACCUGGCACCCUGAGCACUUCACAUGCAAACACUGCAACCAGGAGUUGGGCACGCGCAACUUCUUCGAGCGCGACGGCGCCCCGUACUGCGAGCCCGACUACCACAACCUCUUCUCGCCGAGAUGCGCCUACUGCAACGGCCCCAUUCUUGAUAAAUGCGUGACGGCGCUGGACAAAACCUGGCACACCGAGCACUUUUUCUGCGCCCAGUGUGGCAAGCAGUUCGGCGACGACGGAUUCCAUGAGAAGGACGGCAAGGCGUACUGCAAGGACGACUACUUUGACAUGUUCGCGCCCAAGUGCGGAGGCUGCAGCCGCGCCAUCAUGGAGAAUUACAUUUCGGCGCUCAACACCCAGUGGCACCCAGACUGCUUCGUCUGCAGGGACUGUCGGCAACCGUUCCACGGAGGAUCAUUCUUUGACCAUGAAGGUCAACCUUACUGCGAAACACAUUACCACGCAAAGAGGGGAUCACUAUGUGCUGGAUGUCAUAAACCCAUUACAGGACGUUGCAUUACUGCAAUGUUCCGAAAGUUCCACCCUGAGCAUUUUGUGUGCGCCUUCUGCCUGAAGCAGCUCAACAAGGGAACUUUCAAGGAGCAAAAUGACAAACCGUACUGCCACUGCUGUUUUGAAAAAUUAUUUGGGUAGGCCUUAACAAUGAGAAAAGCAACGAUUACGCAAAUUUUUAUCUUAUUUGAGGAUUUUUCUCUCUUGCAUAGCCAGUCCUGUCAAAACGCACCUUUUGUUUUCAUGUUCGUUCUUUAACUCUCUUUUUUUCCAAAUUGCCUCGCAGGGGUUUUGCAAUCCUGAUCACGCCCGAACAACAAAAAUAUGUCUAAAUUCCCACGGCAGAUUGAUGAAAAGUGUAAGUCUGGAUGCACUUUUUUUUCCAUUUUGGCUAACAGUUUGGAUCAACACACCCAUAAAUUAAUUCAUUAAAUUUUUAAUGCACCCACGAUUAGAAUAAACAGGCUUUUGAAUGACUAGUUCUCUUGGACAACCUUUUAUAGCGAGUAACUCCUGACACUUCAUUACAUAUUUUAUAAAUUGUGUGAUCAUCGCAAGAUACAAAUUGACAUCUUUAGUAUAAUGCUUUUUAAUCAAAUAAUAUUUUUAUAGUUGCAUAGUUAAUAUUUCUAAUUCUGUUCACAAAUAUUUAAGAUGCCACUUUGUAUCUUGCAGUGUAAAUACCUCAUACAGCAAUGUGCACAAACCAAUAUCGUCCGUCUUCCUUAUUGUAUCGUCCUGUUUUUUCUUGGUUUUGUUUUUGCCUCCUUAUUUUUGGGAGGCAGCAAAAUUAAUCUCAAACUGAAACCGACUAAAACCAGAUUAAUUUUGCUGACUCUAUAACGGUUGUGGAUAUUGUAAAAAGUCUGCUAGUCUGGAUGAGUUUGUCUCACUUGCAGGUCUCCUAGAAAUGUUGUACUUUUUUAAUUUGAAAGCACAAACAACGCCUACUGUGUGUCGUACUUUGGUGAAAGUGGCAAAACUGAUACAAAUAUAUAAUACACAUUUUGUAAUCCUUGAUUUCUGGGUAAUGGCCUCUUAACUUUCUAAUUGUGUUAUGAAUUUGAAGAAAAAAUUAAUGUUGCGUUGCUUGUAUAAAAAUCUGGUCUGUACAAAGUAUAAAUCUAUUCGGAUGAAGUGACCGAAAGAAUGGUAAAUCAAGUGGAAUGCAUCGGUUUGUUCUGAUUUUACAGCCGCCAAUGCAGCCCUCUGCAAGCAGGCAACCAACCAGGCUCGACUUAAGCUGACAGAUCAAAAGAUAGAAGCGCUGUUAUAAUGUUUAUCAGUUCUUUAUGCCAUACAUACAUUUUAUUUUCCUGUUAUAAAUAUUUUAACGCCGACCAACUAGCAGCGUAUACCUUUUUCAAUAAUAUAUUAUUUUAAUGGUUUAACAAUUUAAUUCAAGUCGCACACGAUUUUGAUGAAACUUGGAUUUAUGAAAGAACUGUGCACAAUAAUGACCCUGGCUGUUCAGCCGCUAUAAGCUCGAAUUUUGUUGCCAGUGCCAUGAGAAAUUUGAAAGUCAAAGAAAGGGCAGAUUAUAAUAUGUUUAUGUCAAUUUUAAUUUUAUUUUGUUUAUCAACUCAAAACAUAUUAAUUAUGCUGUUGUAUCAAGAUGAGAGCAGAUGGUGCAAAGAAAGUGCAAAUUGGCGCGAGAGUAAAACUUAAAUUAAAAUAAGAAAUUUUACGAAGGUGAAAAUGCUAUCCUGUUUAAGGGUUAUUUUUAGAUCACUAAUAAAAUCAUCAAAGUAGCUCGCGUUUGAUUAGCGACCCCCCUCUGCACUUUUUGAAUGAAUGGACGAGAGAGUACACAAUUUUGAUUAGAACUGCAAAACUUUUAAGAAGAGCAAGAAAAUUUAUGUCUGUAGUCAAUCAGAGGUAACAAUAAAACUGGAUGUACAUUUUGAAGUAUAUAUUUUAAGAUAAUAUUGAAUGGGACUAAAGAAAUAUUUACAUUUUGUCCUCUCUUCCUUGAUGUCCACUCCGCUGCGAAACUUUUCAAAGUUUUGAAUUAAAUAUUAUAGCUGCUGAGAGCGAUGUAAAAACUAUAUACCUGUCUUCAAUUGCAAAAUUUUCAGUGCCAUUGUUAUGAGCCUAGUUAAAUUUUUUCUUGAUAAAUUUUGCUUAUGUAAAGUUUGGUCGAUUCUGAAUGACUCUUCAUGAACUAAUUAUGGAUUAAGAUUAUAAUGAUUGAAAAAUAAAUUUUUAUCGUUUAACAGUUAAA